AUGAACAGUUUCAGCUUCAACGAGGAAGUUUCGGAGUUUCGGACCUCUCGGCAAUUAAAGCAGAGAAGAAGAAAAAGAAAAGGUAAGCAAAACGACGAUAGUCCCAAAAGAAAGCUCGAGGAAGUUGAGGUCCAGUAUAGCAUAGAACCGAAAACGAAGAAGAGUAAGAAGAACAAGAAGUCGAAGAUAAGCGCAGGGGAAACCUUAGCCGUCGAAACAAAUGACGCCGAGAACGGCGGAGAGGAUGAGUCGGUGAGAGAUGGGCACGUGGUGGUUACUGGAAAGAAUAUUAAGGAUGAGAAGUAUGCGCCCACAAAGACUUUUUGUGCAUCGGGGCUUCCAAAGGAAGUCUUGGAGUGCUGCAAAAGUUUUGAAAAGCCGUCUCCUAUUCAAUCCCGAGCGUGGCCUUUCCUGUUGAAUGGUCGUGAUUUAAUCGGCAUUGCGGCUACUGGUUCAGGAAAAACAUUGGCAUUUGGAAUACCGGCUAUGAUGCAUGUUUUGAGCAAGCGCAAGAGUAAAGCGUCAAAGGGUCGGAAUCCUCUCUGCCUUGUGCUCUCUCCCACUAGGGAGCUGGCUCAACAAAUUUCAGAUGUUAUGUGUGAUGCUGGGAGGUCUUGUGGUGUGGAAUCUGUUUGUUUGUAUGGUGGAACCUCCAAAGGGCCGCAAAUAUCUUCGUUAAAAUCUGGCAUUGACAUUGUCAUCGGAACUCCUGGUCGUAUAAAGGAUCUGAUUGAAAUGGGUGUUUGUUCUUUGAAAGAGGUUUCGUUUGUGGUGCUUGAUGAAGCAGAUCGAAUGCUUGACAUGGGAUUUGAGCAAGCAGUUCGCUCAAUACUGGGUCAGACUUGUUCUGUUCGUCAAAUGGUUAUGUUCAGUGCUACAUGGCCUCUACCAGUCCAUCAAUUAGCUCAAGAGUUUAUGGAUCCUAAUCCUGUGAAAGUUGUUGUAGGAUCAGAGGACUUAGCUGCCAAUCAUGAUGUCAUGCAAAUAGUCGAGGUCUUGGAUGAUCGUUCACGAGAUAAACGCCUGGUUGCUUUGCUUGAAAAGUACCACAAAUCUCAGAGGAAUAGAGUAUUGGUUUUUGUCUUGUACAAAUUGGAAGCCACACGAGUUGAAAAGAUGCUUCAUCAAGGGGGUUGGAAGGUUGUCUCAAUACAUGGGGACAAGGCACAAUAUGAACGCACAAAGGCACUGUCGUUAUUCAAGAAUGGAAGCUGUCCUUUGAUGAUUGCCACUGAUGUGGCUGCACGGGGAUUGGAUAUUCCGGAUGUUGAAGUUGUGAUCAAUUACAGUUUUCCUCUAACUACAGAAGAUUAUGUUCAUAGAAUUGGGAGGACAGGACGAGCUGGGAAGAAAGGCGUUUCCCAUACGUUUUUUACUCAGCAGAAUAAGGGACUUGCUGGGGAGCUAGUGAAUGUUUUAAGAGAAGCAAAUCAAAUUGUGCCUGAUGCCUUGUUGAAGUUUGGCACGCAUGUAAAGAAAAAGGAGUCCAAACUGUACGGAGCUCAUUUCAAGGAGAUUACUGCCGAUGCUCCCAAGUCAAAGAAGAUAACAUUUGACGACUCUGACGAAGACUAAAUGUGCUGGCAAUUUCUUUUCCUUUUUUUUUUGUUAGGUAAAUUCAAUUAUUGAUUCUUGCAAAAGCAAAGAAGAAAACAUGUACUCAUAGAUCAUAGUUUUGCACGCCUAAUAUUAUUACCAUUUAUAUAUGUUUUACUCAGUUCUUUUUUUUUUUAAGAACAGGUUUUAUCCAUGUAAUUUGUCAUUUUCACUUCAUUCCUUUGCUAAGGCGCUAUGCAAUCAGUGUAAGCCUCAAAAUUUACCCAUGUAGCAUUCCUUUAUGUAACAACAUUGUUGUGUUUUCAUUGUGACAACCUUAUGAUACUCAA